AUGAAACCACAACGAGCUCCCAGCAUUCGUUCGACGGCUUCCAGAAAGGAAAUAGGCGAGGCACGGCGCGACGCUUUGCUUGAACAGAUGGGCUUGAGUCGUCCAGGGUCUCGGCAGGAUUUGCAUCAUUCGGCCUCCCAACGCUCUCAUCUUUCUAGUGCCAAUCAGGCCAUCUUACAUCGACAGGAGCAAGAAAAUGAAGUGGUCGACACAGAGGCCGCACCGCUCGGUGCUCUGGCAUUGGGAUCCGUGGCUUUGGAAAUCCGCGCCAAAGGCCCGCGUGGCAAACAAGCCAAGGAUGUAUGGACAGUGAAUGAUAUUCGAACGAUGAUAGAUCGCGCGAAGAACCUGCGUGAGGCCACGGCUACGACCACCUAA